ACGAAAAUCGUGUGUUUCUACUGCCACACAUCAGGCAUGCUUAAACUUUCCACACAAUUCCAGUGCAUUCUAUCUAUUUAGAAAGUAGUUUCUUCAGCUAAAAAUGAAUCAGCGCAAACAUAAUGGCAUUUCCUCAUCGCAGAUGUCAUCCCACAACUACCCACAUGCUUUUUUUAAUUUUUUUGUCCAUUGCUUCAACUGUUCAAUCACAAAACUCUAGCUCAGGUCCCAGUAUCAGCCAAUGCGGAACAGGACUAAUGCCUCUGGCUCCAUGUGCUCCGUUUGUUCAAGGUAGAACGUCGAAUCCAGGAGUGUCCUGUUGUGUUAACCUAAGACAAGUAUACGACCAGCAAACAGCCUGUCUUUGCUUGUUGCUCAAUGAGACUACUUUGAGUUCUAUUCCUAUAAACCAAACGCUUGCUCUACAGCUCCCAGCUCUAUGCAAUCUUCAAGUCGACAGGUCUACUUGUUCAGAAGGGACUCCAUUGCCCCCAUCACCUCCUCCCCCAACAACUUCACCUGAUUCUCAGGUUUCCUUCGGAAGCAAUAGCAAUUCUACAGUUGCUGCUUCCCCGAUGGUUAUGGUGAACCCGAGAUCAAGCAUUCUGGGAUUUCGAUCACACAACAAUGAUGGAACAAAUUUGAAGCCUGAGAUCUACUUUUGGUUGUUUCUGAUGUCGUCUGUCGUUUCCAUUACAUUCAAAACUAGCUAGAAGUAGAGUACACUACAGAAAACAUCUUGCCUCUUCUGAUGCAAAUUCAAUAUGUUUCUUUUCUUACUGCAAAUACCCAUUUGAUCUACUUACUAAAAGAAUAACUGGUCCUCUUAGUUGAACAGUCUAAUC